AUGGCUCUCCCGCCAAGGGGCAAAUACAAACACAAACAACAAAAAGGGGUCGGUAGCAUCUCGACCCCAAACCUGAUCCUGAACCUGAUCCUGAUCCUGAACCCGGCUGGUGUGCUGAACCAAAUUUCUGGUCAUGGAAAAGAUGACCAGUCAGACUGCGACUCCCGACGGUGCGUCGCAAAAUACCGCCCCAUGCCGCUCUGCCGCGCUGUCUGA